AACGGCCACGAAACCCCUAAACUUACCCGCCAGUCACUUUAGCAAUUUCACCCUUCACCUUCCUCUUCCUUCCCUUUCUCCACUCCUUCUUUCUUCUUCAUCUCUGCAACACCAAAACGCUGCGUUUCAAAAACAAUGCUCCUCCAAUAGCUCUCCUCGCCGGAACAGAGUAGCUUAAUUCACUGCGAUCAUGGCGAAUUGGAUCUCCUCCAAACUCAGAGCCGCCGAGACCAUCCUCCAACAGAUCGAUCAGCAAGCGGCGGAGUCGUUACGGAAAAACGAGAAGCCUGUCGCCGACGACGACUUGAAGUUCGGCGCUCCGGCGAAAACCGGAGGCAGUGUGCCUCUGAAGGACCAGUUGAAGAAGAAAACCCUAGAAAAUAGUGAUUAUAGCGGAAAAUUAAGGAGCGAUCCGAGCUUUAGCAAUGUUAAUAGCAGCAAUUAUAGUAGUAGUGGUAAUGAAAAUAGUAGUAGUAAUAAUAAGGAUAAAGAGAUUGUUGGAAAGGCGAAAUCCGAGCCUCUUAGUGAUAGUGACUGGACUCAACUUCUCAGUGCACCGAAGCUGGCAGCUGCUACUACUUCUACAUCGAGCCGUGGCAAUGGUUUGCCCGCGGUUCGGGGUUUGAGGAGGGAUGGUAGGAGGCAGGGCAGUGCAGCUUCUGCUUCGAAUUUGGAGGUUAAGAAGAAUCAGAAGAGUGGGAGUGCUAAUAAUGUUAUGAAGUCGGUGCAGAGAGCAGGUGUUGGGGAAGGUAGGAAGUUGAAUGGGAGAGUGAGUGAUGGGGAGGAGUCUGGUAUUCCGGAUUCAGCACGGAGGUUUUCCACUGGUGAAUUGAAGAGUGAUGGUAAGGUUAUGGAAGGAGGUGAGUUGGAUUAUAGGGAUGUGGGAGUGGACACUUCGGUUGAAAUAAAAGGUAAGGCAAAUGAAGAAAAGGGCGGAGCUUUUGAUACAAAGGAGCUUUCAUUGGAGGGUCGUCUAGAGUCAGUAAAGAAAAAUGAAGGGUUGUCCUACAAGAAGAUUGGAGGGCAGAGUAUGAACGAUCAGUUGAGAAGCACUACUGUCAGGGGUAAGCAUGAGUCCAGUGAAGCUGCUAGGAGUUCUACCUCCGAAGACUUCAAGAGAGGUUUUACUUCAGUAACUGAUGGCAGCUCUGAGUCUGACUCAGAUUCUGGUUCAAGUUCUGAUUCUGAAAGUGAGCGUGAGAAGGAGGAAAGGAGAAAGCAGAGACAGAAGAUUCUAGCUGAGAAAGCAGCAGCUAAAGCUGUGGAGGCCAUUAAAGAGAAGGAAAAUACGGUUGCCAGAUUGGAAGGGGAGAAGCAGAGCUUGGAGAAAAUACUUGAAGUUCAAGUGAAGCAACAAGCACAAGAGGCUUCAAAGCUACAAACGACGAUGAUGGAAACCAUGGAAGCGGCUGAUAUAGAGAAGCAGAAACAUAAUAGUACUAGAAUGGAAGCCUUUGUGCGUUUGGCUAAACUUGAGACUGCAAAUGCUGACCUUGCGAAAUCCCUAGCCACUGUGCAGUGGAAUCUCGAACAGGAGGUCAAUCAUGUAGCAGAACUUCGACAGCAAGUUGAGUUAAAAGAAGUUAGCCAUGAAGAACUCAGGAGGAAGAUCUCUGAUACUCAUCAGAUCGAAAUAUCUUUAAAGAAAGUAGCGGCUCCAAAAGGACUUGAACUUGAGCGAGAGAUUUUGGAGGCAGAGUAUGCUAUUAUAACUGAUAAAGUUACACGACUGCAAGAUAAGGCAAAGAAGCUGGAAGCAGACAUUGAAAUGACAAGGAAAGAUAUAGAGGAUCCAACUGAUAUAGAAAUUGAGCUCCAGCGAAGACUUUCUCAGAUGACUGACCAUUUGAUUCAGAAACAAGCCCAGGUUGAGGCUCUCUCCUCAGAAAAGGCAACUCUUCAAUUCAGAAUUGAGGCAGUCUCAAGGUUGCUAGAUGAAGGCAAAUCAAUGACCGAAUUUUCUGCUACGUCAUCAAGGGACAUUGAAUCAGGCAGGCCACUAUUUGAAGACAGAAUCCGUUCGGGCCGGGAGCACCUAGGUUCAUUGCUUCAGCAAUUGGAUUCCAUUUUCAUGGCCGGAGCAGUGUUUUUAAGGAGGAACACGACUGCAAGAUUAUGGUCCCUAGUGUACUUUAUUUGCCUCCAUUUCUGGGUUAUUUAUAUUCUUAUGUCCCAUUCUCAACCAUCAAAUGAGAUCAAAUCUGGGGCGGUGAUAUCCUUGGAAAACAUUAAUAACAACACUUCAGGUGUAUAGUAUCAUCUUUUUAUACAAUUCUUUUGCUUCCUUUC